AAAGCAUUCUCAGCUUGCCAGUGGCCCCCACUACCUGACUGGCUCAGGAGCUCUCCAGAGCAGAAAUCUCCUCCUUCGCACGAGCAAAAGAAGAUGCUGUCUAAUUUGAGGAUCCUGUUCAACAAUGCAACCCUUAGAAAGGGUCACAAUUCCGUGGUUCGAAAUUUCCGGUGUGGGAAGCCGCUACAGAACCAAGUUCAGCUGAAAGGCCGUGACCUCCUGACCCUGAAGAACUUCACUGGAGAGGAGAUUCAGUACAUGUUAUGGCUCUCUGCAGAUCUGAAAUACCGGAUAAAGAACAAAGGAGAAUAUUUGCCUUUACUGCAAGGGAAAUCCUUGGGAAUGAUUUUUGAGAAAAGAAGUACUCGUACAAGACUGUCCACAGAAACAGGCUUUGCUCUACUGGGAGGACACCCUUCUUUUCUUACCACCCAAGACAUUCAUCUGGGUGUGAAUGAAAGUCUUACGGACACAGCUCGGUUUGUAAAUUUUUUUUUCUUUCCAAAUGUUACUUCAAACUUUGAUGGAUUCAUGUAA